GACAGCUGUUCGCUGACCGGGUUGAUGACAACAUAAGUAAACAGAAAACAACUCCCAAAAAAAUAAAAAUCAUUACUUUAGGUAGUCAAGUUUUCACUUCGUUACAGCACAUUUUAAUACGUUUAAGCUCGAAAGAAACAAAAUGCCACUGUACGAAACAAUGCUGCAAGAAAAACCGGCCAUUGUGCUGGAGAUCGGUACGGCUUUGACGAAGCUGGGCUUUGCUGGUGAACCAUAUCCGCGCAGUAUCAUUCCCUCGGAGGUGCUGGAUCAUGAGGCAAAAAAUGCCGGGCUUACAACCCCAAACCGGAAACUGUUCAACUACAGCGACGAGGCGGAGCUGUACGAUUGGUUGGUAGAGUUUCUGAAGACGAUUUUCUUCAAGUACGUGCUCGUCAGCCCAAAGGAUCGCAAAGUGGUGAUAGUCGAAUCGGUUCUCUGUCCGACGAUCAUUAAAGAAAAGUUGGCUCGCGCCUUAUUUUGCCACUUUGACGUAUCGUCCGUGUUCUUCGUCCCGACGCACCUUGUCGUACUGGCAACGCUAGCGGUCGAAACGGCGCUCGUGGUAGAUAUCGGAUACAAGGAAGCGAUCGUAGUACCGGUGUUCUGUGGUGUACAAGCUUUGUACGCAUGGGAAGCACAACCACUGGCAGCGGAAAGCAUUCACAACGAAAUAAAAAGACAGCUGACGGAGAGCGGGGUGGAUGAAACGCUGCUAACCGAAUCUACUGUAGAGGACAUCAAGAUUAGAACUUGCUUCGUAACAACCGCCGAAAGAGCGGCAAAGUAUCGUGAGGAUGGUGGAACGUCGCUUCAACCCUGUCCGGAUGUAGACUACCCGGCAAAAGGCGAAGCGAUGAUAAAAGUUUCCGGACGGUUGCGUGAAACCGCCUACGAAGUAUUGUUCCCCGACGAUAACGAUCGGCUCGGACUGCCGUACAUCAUCCUGAAUGCGAUUCUCAAGUGUCCACGCGACACACGGAUACCACUAGCGAACAAUCUUAUCCUUAUCGGUGGUUCUACGAUGGUGCAAGGUUUGACCGCACGGUUAAAGUCGGAACUGUUGGCCCUGUUACAAUCCGAUCUGUACAAGGAUCGGCUGUUUAUAAAAACGUUUAAAUUCCACAAAGCGCCAGCAGAGCCCAACUUUACUGCCUGGCUGGGUGGAUCGAUUUACGGCGCGACUGAUCUCGUGCUGACAAAAUCAAUCAGCCGGGAAGCGUACAGCAAGAACCAAACCAUUCCCGACUUUACCAACUAUGAGGAAACGCGCGGUGCUCCAAUGCGUGGCUGACGGCAGAAGGCCAAGGGGACGCGCGGGACAACAACACACGAGCGGGGCACUUAGCUUUUAAGUGAAACAUAUUUAUAUAUAGUUUAAUAACAUUUAUAAUGCCGAUGAAACUUUCUUGAGCGUACUUUUUGCGAGAUUCACUAAUUGAAUAUAAUUCAUCAUAAUAAAAAGGUUACUUACACGCACAU